AUACCAUGGCUAAGGGCUGCUCUUAGGCACGACAAAGCGCACAGACGAGACAGCUGUGGGCCUAUCGUCUGUCUGUCUGUCAGUCUCCUCUUCGCCAGGACUCUUGACAUCUGUCAUUCAUUGCAAAGUGGACAGAGAAAAUAGUAGUACGCUUCUUCUCUGAGACCUGUUUCAGUGAGGAAACGUAUAGGCUGAGUGCUUUGUGGACUUGCCUGUUGUGUUUUGUUUUAGAUUUUUCCAAUGUCUGGAACAAGCAGUAGGCUAUAUAUUUUUUGUUUUGUUUACCGCCAUGUACAUAUUUCAGACGGAAAAUUAGACGACAAUUGGUCCAAGUCCAUGGGUUUUCGAAGUGGGAGGUUCCCCAGCCUACCAACAUCUAAUAUCAAUGAGGCUUCCACCAAGGAUAUUACCCCCUCAUGGAGCAUGUGGAGAGGACAGGGGGAGAGGGCUUCCACAUCACCCUCCCUUAUGAGGCCGACACACUCUGGGGACUCCCAGAGAGGUGGACAUGUACCCCACAGAGGGAGUCCAACCCUGCUGAGGAUGGCCAGUGUCCCUAAUGUCCUGGGCGGCCGACCAAAGACGGGCUUCUCCUCCAUCACCAUCACAUCCUGCAGGGUCUCCCAGUCAGGGGCCAACCGAUCACAUUAUCCCCACCAACCAAUCCUGCCUAUCAGGUCAUCCACAUCCCUCAACCCAGUCAUGAGUCAUGUCCUAUCCUCAGCCAUUCCAAAGCACUCUGAGGUGGUGACCAGACAUAAGGCCACCAUAGUAAAGGUGACAGAGUACAGACAGAGCUACUCUGCAUGUGCCAAGGUCCAGAUGAGAGGGCCAGGGAUGAGGACUGCCUGGCCUGAACACAGGCACAGUUUCACAGGUGAGGACAGUCUCAAGGACAAUGGAAGCUCCUUCAGGCCUUUCUCACUCCAGCCCUCUUUCCGCUCCUGCGUCCAGCUUGAGGUACAUUGGAGGUCUGCGAACACAGUUCUGUAUCUGGACAAGUCACUGUCUAUCUCCAUAGGACAGCCAGAGGUCACAAAACCAGUUGUGCACAGGUCCACCCUGUCUCUGUAUGUUGGGGGCUCGUCCCACAUUGGAACCUCUAUGGAUUACCCCAAAACACUUCAGGACCUCCGGAGAUCUAUGGGGACACUAAGCUGCACCCAUAGAUGGGACAACUUAGAGACUGAUGUGGGUUACAGCAUAGGCUCUUCAUCAACCAAAGGGGGCUACGAGGUCCCCAAAAUGGCAGAUACUGAUGGUAUUAAGAAUAGGACAUCGGAUUUAACUGCACACAAUCUUACCUCAGGGUUAUUCUCAUCAGCCAGAGGAACAGGCGACUCAUACUCCAGGGCCAGUCAGCACAAUGGAAUUGCAGAUGAGCUGUGCUGUCGUCGGCUGAGAAAUUCCACACACAGACACCCUGCUUUUAAUAUCAGCCCAGAUACUAGAACAUGGGGAAGACAGUCAAUACGUAAGGAGAGUGAUGAAAGACAAGGACACUCCAGAGAAGAUCUGCAUGUUGCUGAGUAUUUCUGUCCACACCAAGCAGACACCUGCCAAUCACAACUGACAGUUGAUCCUCAGGAUAUCAAACCCAGAGCCUUCAGUCUCAAAGAGGCCCUGGAGAUGUUUCGGCCAGACUUCAUCAGUCGCUCCCAGGGAAGAAUGAGGAGUCUGGAGCAGAGGGCCAGGCGGAGGAAGGCCCUGCAGUGUGCAGACCUAGACCAGGUGCAGGGUCUCUGGGAGGAGAAAAGUAGGCAUAGGAGGAACUGCACCAAGCCCCACCCGCUCAGUGAUAACCUUUUCAAACCCAGAGAGAGGGCCAUAUCAGGGAAGGAGAUGCAGCUACGCUCCAGACGGAUUUACAACAAGCUCCCUGAGGUCACUAAGAAGAAGGAGGAGGAGAAAAGGAGAGUGGUAUCGCAGACCAACAGAUUGCGGGCAGAGCUUUUUAAAAAGAAUCUUCUGGACAAGAUCCUGCAGAGAUGAAUAUGGACAAACUCGAGAUGUUCCCUACUAAACCUUCAACUCACAUACUACACUCACCAUCCUCCUUGGAUUCAUGACCUUACACUCACUUAAUAUGCAAUGUCAGUCAUCGUUGCCAUACCGACAGUAUACCUUGAUUUUAUAUGGAAUAAUGAGAAUACUUCCAAGAAAACAUUCACACUGCUCUUGUUCGUAUCACUCUUUUAUUCAAGCUUACAUGUUCUCUUGGCCUUCUUGGCCUUCGUCAGAGCUUAUUCGUAUGUACAUGAAUUCCAUAGCAUUUAAAAGACUAUCCAAGCUCCUGACAGGAUCACUGACACUGUGCACACCUGAGAGACGAAUGAACUGGAAUGAUUCUUUUGUACUCUCCAUACUGACCAACAUUUAUUAACUUUAUAAUGGUAAUGGAAUUGAUAGGGUUGAAUCAUACUGUUGUGUAUCGAGCUACAUUAUAAGUGACAGUCUGAAGGCUAGGGCCAUGAGGUUUUGUGGAAACCUGCCAUUGAUAAGGUUCUGUAAAUAUUACAUAAACUGCCUACUCUCUCCAGUCCUCAUACCUUGUAAACAUCCACCUAAAUUGACAUAACUGACAUUUUCAAACAAAGCAAAAUUGUAUUUUUCUAUAAGAAAUGUUUUAUAUUCAGUCAGCUAGAGACCAAUCUACACUGCUGCAAGGUUAGUCAUAGCCACGUUUUUAAAAAGAUAUGACAUUCUCAGUAGGAAAAUUGUUGGAAGACAAAUGUAGGCCUUUAAGACGUUGGUUGUUGUAAGAGCAAUGGCAUGAUUAGGUUUAUCAGUUAUGGUAAGAUGGAAUGAUUCUCUGCCUUACAGCAAAUGUCUAUGUUUUGGCUUUCUAUCACUGAAUGAUUUAAUGCUCCUGUAAGUAUGUUGUCAUUGUUGUCUCAAUUAUAGUAAAGCUGUCUAUCGAAAUUAAA